AUGGAGCUUCGAUGCGACCGAAUACUGCAAAGACGCAACGACCUGUUAGCACCCUCAGAGGAAAUUCAGCUUGCAUUUAUUCAGCCCCUGCAGGAACUCAAGUUCCAGAUGACCUUAUUCUUGUCCAUGAGUUCAAAGAUCAUUAUUCCCUUCAGGCGAGGAAGGAGAUGACAGUAGAUGACUUGAAUACCAAAAUCACAGAUUUCUUGAGGAUGACAGCGGAAUGUUUAACCAAGGAAGAAUGGCUGUGGCAGUACCCAAUGUCGACAGAAACCGAGUGAACAGGUUCAGCCCAUAGAUGCCCAGCAGGUAGAUGAGCAGGCGUGCCACGAUACCACAGCUGCAGCCUUUCUCACCUAUUCUGAAAGACCUGUAGGAGAAAGAUAGCAGCAAGAGAGGCUGCUUAUCGAGAUUUCUUGAAUUAUUAAGGUUAUCGAUAUCCAACCCAGAUUUCUCCCCUAAUUGUCUACAUGAUCUAUCUACAAGUGGGGUCAAAAAUCUCGACUGGAUGUCUGAACAGGUGACGAUGGUGCCGAUUGCAAAUUCGGCAAACUUAUACGGUUGAAAUAGUUUACGAUAAGUUUUCGGAGAUUCACUGUCAAGCCACGGUGGAAUUGGGAAUGGAUUCAAGCUUGUCGAAAAGUGACACCUCGCAUCUCACGGUUUUACUGUCCACGUUGCUCCAAUUGCGUACUGCCUCAGUGUUUUCCGCAGACAUGCCCACCAUGUGUACGUGUAUAGCACCGGAUAUUUCACGUCUGAUGACCACACACUCCCAUCAGGCCUAUGCA